AUGUCAUGCAGAUUUCCGCAGUCCGAGAGCCUCGAAGCCUUUUGGCGUCUUCUCGACGAGGGACGCACGUGUCUUGAUACUGUGCCCACCGAUCGCUUCGAUACUACGCAGCUAGAGCGUGAACCGAAAUUGGAUGCCUUCUGGGGUAACUUCAUCGACCGUCCAGAUGCUUUUGAUCACAAGUUCUUUGGCAUCUCAGGCCGUGAGGCAAAAUCGAUGGACCCUCAACAGCGACUCGCCCUCCAAGUUGCAUAUGAGGCGCUCUCAUCAUCUGGAUACUGCAGUAAACCGUCUUCAAUGCGCGUCAAAGACGUGGGCUGCUACCUCGGUGUUGGCGCUGUCGACUAUGAGGAUAACGUGGCUUCCCAUGCUGCCAACGCUUUCGCAGCAACCGGCAUUCUGCGGGCAUUUAUUACCGGCCGUAUCAGCCAUCACUUCGGUUGGGAGGAUUCGCAAAGUACUUUGUACAAGCGAGUUCUCAAAGACGCCGGAAUACAGGCUCAGGAUGUGACUUAUGUCGAGGCGCAUGGAACUGGUACUCAAGUCGGCGACCCGAUCGAAUACGAGAGUAUACGCUCCGCUCUGACUGGUCCCCAGCGCACCGAGCAGUUGUAUGUUGGCUCGGUCAAGGACAAUAUUGGCCAUGCUGAGGCCGCUUCAGGCGCCGCAGGGGUCAUAAAAUGUCUACUCAUGAUGCAUCACAACACGAUCCCAAAGCAGGCAAACUUUGCCUCGAUCAACCCGAAGAUCAAAAGCUCAGCCGGAGAUCGCAUCACUGUAUCGAUGAAAACAGUUCCCUGGACUUCGAGGAAGCACAUUGCUCUGGUUAAUAACUACGGCGCAGCUGGAAGCAAUGCCGCCAUUCUCAUCCGCGCUCAUACAGUCGAGAGGAAACCGGAGGUAGCCGUCAUCCCAACUGUCCAUCCCAUCCUUUUUUUCCACCCAAUACUUCUGUCGGCAAGGACGACAACCAGCCUCAACUCCUAUGCGGAAGCCCUCAAGGCGUAUUUAUCCAAGGGCACAGCAUCCCUUGGAGAUAUUUCUUACAACAUCGCGCAGGCCCGUGAUGUGUCAUUGAACUGCCGCGUCGGUUUUGUUUCCGAUGCGAUAGACAGUGCAAUAUCCAGCUUUAGCAGGACAAAGGCAUUUGAUGCGACCAAAAGCCCCGUCAUCCUGUGUUUCGGUGGGCAGACAGGGCGAACUGUAACCGCCUCGAAGGAGCUCUAUACCAGCAGUGACCUCUUCCAAAAGCACUUGAAUGAAUGCGACUCGGUCUGCAGAAGGUUAGGCUACUCCAGCAUCUUUCCCGGUAUCUUCGAGUCGGAGGAGGUUCAAGAUACUGUUACCCUCCACUGCAGGCUUCUGUCUCUGCAGGUGGCGUGCGCAAGAAGCUGGAUUGACUCUGGGCUGGAAGUCGACGCUUUGCUUGGUCACAGCUUCGGCCAGCUGACCGCGCUCUGUGUGGCCCGGUCCAUUUCUCUUGAGGACACGUUCCGGCUGGUCGCAGGCAGGGCUCGCUUGGUCCGGGAUGCCUGGGGCCCCGACGCCGGCGCAAUGCUGGCGGUGGAGUGUGCCAGGGCGGAUCUCGAUCACGUUCUCGCACAGGUCAGCGCGGAAGACGGUCUACGCGUGGAUGUUGCAUGCUAUAAUGGCGCGCAGCAAUUCGUGCUAGCCGGGGAUACGCCCUCGAUUGCGAAAGCUGCAGAAUUGUGCCGCGGCUUCAAGGUACACGAGCUGAGCAACACUCAUGCGUACCACUCUCACUUGACGGACGUGAUAUUGGAGGAUCUGUCAAAGAUUGCCGGCUCAAUCAAGAUUCAGCCACCUCGCAUCCACAUCGAGACCUGCACAAGUCAGGAGACAUUGACGGAUUUCACACCCGAGGCCAUAGUCAACCACACGCGGCAGCCUGUCUACUUCAACGAGGCUGUCAACCGCAUCGCAAAACGUUGUCCCAGGGCUAUCUGGGUGGAAGCUGGAUCGGCAACACCCAUCAUCCCCAUGGCCAAACGCGCCAUCAACGUGGUGGAGCGAGGCGACGUCUUCUUGCCUAUGCAGCUUGGCACAGUGGAUGCUAUGAGAAAUUUGUCAAAGGCAUCCUGUGAGUUGUGGAAGGCAGGCUCGGCUGCCCAAUACUGGCUCCACCAUCGCUCAUCAGGCUAUCGCUACCGGAAGGUCAACCUGCCACCGUACCAAUUCGAGCAGACGUCUCAUUGGCUCUCACUGGAGAGACGGUUGUCACCAGCUGCGAUCGAGACCGCCAGCCCUCUCCCGCUUGUGAAACUGGUCAAACAUGACCGUGCAAAUGGAAAGCUUACCUUGGAGGUGAACACAGCCAAUGACACAUUCCAAUUGGCUGCGAGUGGCCACGCUGUCGCUGGUCAGCACCUGUGUCCGGCAUCCAUGUAUAUGGAGAUCGUCGCUCAAGCCGCCAGUCAAGACGCACACCGAACCACUGCCAAACAGAACUUGGUGCCGCAUAUUGAGUCUCUUACAAUGCUAGCUCCUCUGGGGACUAGUGAUAGAGCCGUGGUCCGCGUGCAUCUCCACCAGACGGCACCAGAGUCGUGGGACUUUGUCAUCAGCAGCCAAGCAGCCGCCAGCUCGGGACCAGUUGAUAUGCCGACAAGACAUGCCACGGGCUCAUUUUCGUGGAAGAAACUCGACGACGCCAUGGCGGAUCGACGACUCAGGGUGCUUGGCCGCCUGGGGACAAGCCAAACCUCGGCAUCAGCAAUGGAUACCGGUAUGAGUGGCGUAAUGGUAUACGACAUGUUCUCAAAUGUCGUCGACUACGCCGACUACUACAGGGGUGUUGACAGAAUAUCUGCUUCCACAAAUAUGGCCAUCGCGACGGUCAAGGUCCCGGCGAGACAGCACGAGCUGAUUGAUGCUGGCAUCACGGAUCCCAUCAUCCUAGACAACUUUCUCCAAGUUGCUGGGAUCCACACCAACUGUCUGUCACCCAAAGACAAGGGGCUUGUGUUAAUGUGCACCUCUAUAGACGAGAUCAUUUUCAGCCCGUCCUGCCUGGAAAAGAGGGGCGUCGAUCGGGAGUGGAUUGUACACACGCGGUUCGACGAGGACACGCCCGCCAACACGAGAACAAAUGACAUAUUUGUUUGUGAUGCGACCACCGGUCAAGUUGUUAUGGCCGUACUCGGAGCCAACUUCAAAGGUGUUCCGCUGAAGUCUCUCGCGAAGAGUCUCACCAGGCUCAACAAGUCCACGUCCACAGUGGCUGAGAAAAGGCCAGCUAAACCAAUUGACUCGGCGGAUUCGGGCUAUGCAUCGGAGCGAAGUGAUGCAGAAUGGACACCUGUUCGAGAGUUCAUCCCCAGCACUCUCCAGGCCAUCGUGACGGAUCCGGUCGCAGUCACUGUCGACCAUGCCGGAGCGGAUAACAUGUUGGUCAAGCUGCAAACCAUGCUUAGCGAGAUCAUCGAGAUACCAAUGGAUGAGGUGACCCCAACUUCAUCGUUGGACGACCUUGGCAUCGACUCUCUGCUCAUAACAGAAGUGAUGGCCGAGAUCAAGACUCGCUUCGGGGUUUCCGUCGCGCAAGAGAAGCUGUCCAAUUGUGCCGAUGUGCGUGGAGUGGCAGAUCUCUUAUGUGGAGGCAAGCCUCAGCCACUGGAAAGAAUACAAGGGGCCUCAACAUCAGGAAGCUCCCGCGCCAGCACCCCGGUCAGCUCGUUCAGCGACAACCCUGUUGCCUCCUCUGACAAGGUAUUCAACCAGACAGAAGAGCUAGGUGUCACACCUCUCGCAGUCGCAGGCCGCGACGUUUUUUCCGAGACGGUGGCAUCCUACGAUAAGCACGCCGAAGACACAGGGUUUACAAACUUCUACACCGACGUCUUCCCCACACAGUCUGCCCUUGUCGUGCAAUACGUGUUGACAGCUUUCGCCUCCCUCGGCUGUGACUUGGCAUCUGUUGCCCCCGGUGCCAUGCUACCCUCCAUCGAAGCGCUUCCAAAGCACGCCAAGGUCAUGAUUCAGCUGCACGAAAUCUUGACUACUGCUGGCCUGCUCACCAAAGGAACAAACGGAGAAUACAUCCGCACAGAGCUACCAGUACCCAUAGUCCCUGCGUCUGUCCUCAAGGACGAGCUACUGCAAAAGUUUCCAAAACACACCUCCGAGACUUUGCUCCUCCACUCCACGGGUCAACAGCUGGCCGACUGCCUGACAGGACGUGUUGAUCCAGUCUCAGUUCUGUUUGGCAAUGCGGCUGCCCGCGAGCUUCUCGGCGACGUCUACACCAAUGCACCCAUGUUCAAGACUGGAACCCUUGUGCUGUCUCAGUAUUUGGCAUCCGUGCUUAAAGACGUGGGCGCAAAGCGAGAGCUGAGGAUACUCGAGCUUGGCGCAGGCACAGGAGGGACGACAAAGAAUGUUGUUGAGACCCUGGUAAAAAUGGGCCACAAGUUCACAUACACAUUCACGGAUCUAUCGUCGUCGCUCGUGGCAGCAGCCAAACGAAAGUUCUCGAAGUGGUCAUUCAUGGAAUACAAGGUUGUUGAUAUUGAGAAGGACACUAAGCCAGACUUUGUGGGCAAGUACGACAUUAUCCUCUCGACAAAUUGCAUCCAUGCGACAAGAGACCUCGUGAGAUCGACAUCUCACAUUCGGGAAAUGCUGAAACCAGAUGGGCUGCUUUGUCUGGUGGAGUUAACAAAAAACCUCUACUGGUUCGACCUUGUCUUUGGGCUUCUCGAGGGAUGGUGGUUGUCAUCCGAUGGACGCUGGCAUGCCUUGGCGAGUGAGGAGCUGUGGAAGAAGGAUCUCCUCGACGCCGGCUACAAAUGGGUCGACUGGAGCCGCAGCUCGACUGAGGAGUCACAGCUGCUCAGGGUCAUCACAGCAUCCCCAUUUGACCCUCCUUCCCGUCUGGAAACAAUUGAGUUCAAGGAAGUUGAUGGUCAGAAACUCUAUGCCGAUAUUCACUAUCCAGGCGAACUCGUUAAGCCCGGCAAGACACUCCCCGUAGCACUGAUGAUUCACGGAGGUGGUCACAUUAUGCUUUCAAGGCAGGAUAUCCGAAAAGAUCAAACCGCCAUGCUCUUGGAUGCUGGUUUCCUUCCCAUUAGCAUCGACUACAGGCUCUGCCCUGAAACUACUUUGUCAGAGGGACCAAUGAAUGAUGUCGUCGAUGGCCUGCACUGGAUUCGAACCGAAUUGCCACACAUCACCCUCUCCAGACCAGACAUAUCAAUAGACGGUUCCAAGGUUGUCGUCGUAGGCUGGUCCACUGGCGGACACCUUGCCAUGACACUAGCCUGGACAGCAAAAUCCCGCGGAGUGCAACCUCCAGAGGCCAUCUUCGCUCUUUAUUGCCCCCUGGACUACGAGGACCCGUUUUGGACACUUCCCAACAUCCCCGAGGGCGCAGGUUCACCUGCCGCAGGCUCAGGGUCAGCAUUCGAGCUCGACGACAACCUCUGGACCAACGGUGUCUUCGACGCACCCAUCACGAAGUACAACGUUGCUCCCAACAAGAAAGCUUUGGGAGGCUGGCUCGCGCCCUCGGAUCAAAGAAGCCGUCUAGCGCUGUACAUGAACUGCAGCGGCCGCACCCUGAACGUCCUGCUUGGCGGGCUGGACAAGAACACGCGCAAAGAGCCGGCUGCACCGUCGCAGGCCGAUAUUGUAGCGGUCAGCCCGCUGGCGCAAAUCAGGGCCGGCAACCACACGACGCCGACUUUUAUCCUGCACCCACGAGCGGAUGACCUGAUUCCGUGGCAGCAGGCCCAGAGGACGUGGGACGCGCUACAAGAGGCUCAUGUUGACGCAGAGUUGAGGAUUGUGGAAGGUGUGGGCCACUUAUUUGAUUUGGGAGGGCUACAAAGAGUUCGUAAUGCGGCUGCCAAACAGGCUGUCAUAGACGGAUACGACUUCUUAUGUCGUCACGUGGGUUUGGAGUUGCGCGCAUGA